UUCAAAAAAUAAUCGCCAGCUGUUCGGACGCGCGUGGAUUUCGGGUCUGUUUGUUUUUAAUUUCGAACUGAACGGAGUGGUCGCGAGUUCAUUCGGAAACCAACUUUAAUAGUGUAAAAAACUACUGUGCAAUGCCUAUACUCAAUAAUAAGUGAAAUAUACACCCCACAUGGAAAAAGUGCGCCAAAAGUUCGGAAAUCCAAGUAAUAGAUCGCCUUGCAAAUGAAACGUUUUGCCCACGUUAAUAAUAAAUAAUUCGGAAAGUGCAUGACAAACUGUUGAACAUAUAGUAUCGUGGGCAGUCUUACGAAGGUUUGUUGGUGAAGGCGAAGACAUCGGACGUUCGUGGGAUCCAAUAGAGUUAUUUACCGGGUCCGGGCCCUUCAUUAAUUUACUGCAGUGCGUUGGAGUCGCCGGCUUAUCGCCGCCUUUUUCGUCGGCUCCAAUUUUAUUGAACUCCCUCGGAUCGGUCGAACCUGUCUGCUGUUAGUCAGUUCACAGAGGAAGCUCUUAAUCGAUCGCGAUUGUACAACCAAUUACCGGGUUUAUCAUCUAAUUCGAAACACUUGGCCCGAACUAUAAAUAGAAGGUGAAGUGUCCAAAUAUUACGUAGACAGUACUCAAAGUGAACACAAUCGCAAUUGCGUGUGGAGUGUGCUAAAGUAAAAAACUUCAAGCCACAGAUUUACGGGGACAAAGAAGAAGUCUAAUACGCUGAAAGCUUAGGUCACAAAGCCAUGAGGCACUUUCUGCUCGAUUUGCCGGUGUUUUGAGCGCGGCUGCUGAGGCGCUGGAAACUUUGCUGCAGUUUCCUCCUCCUUUUCCAUAACUAAGAUGCAGCACUCCAGCCUUCGACUGGCCAUUGGCGGCCUGAUACUGCUCCUAUUUGUGCUCCAUGUGCUCGGCAAGGAGCAGGGAUCGCACUCCCACAAGCGCAGCCACUCGGCGAAGAGAUUCUCGCGGGACUCCAACUCGGCGAGGGAACGUCGCCCCAACAUAAUCCUCAUCCUGACCGAUGACCAGGAUGUGGAACUGGGGUCCCUGAACUUCAUGCCACGCACACUUCGUCUGCUUCGAGAUGGCGGAGCUGAGUUUAGACAUGCCUAUACAACCACUCCAAUGUGCUGUCCAGCGAGGUCCUCGCUGCUCACAGGGAUGUAUGUGCACAACCACAUGGUGUUCACCAACAACGACAACUGCUCCAGUCCCCAGUGGCAGGCCACCCACGAGACACGAUCCUAUGCCACCUAUCUCUCCAAUGCCGGCUACCGAACAGGAUACUUUGGCAAGUACCUGAACAAGUACAACGGAUCCUACAUUCCGCCAGGAUGGCGGGAGUGGGGCGGUCUGAUCAUGAACUCCAAGUACUACAACUACAGCAUCAAUCUGAACGGGCAGAAGAUCAAGCACGGCUUCGACUACGCCAAGGACUACUAUCCCGAUCUGAUAGCCAACGACUCGAUUGCCUUCCUGCGCUCCUCCAAGCAGCAGAAUCAGCGGAAGCCUGUCCUGCUAACCAUGAGUUUUCCGGCUCCCCAUGGUCCAGAGGAUUCGGCGCCGCAGUACAGUCAUCUGUUCUUCAAUGUGACUACUCAUCACACUCCUUCGUAUGAUCACGCACCAAAUCCUGACAAACAAUGGAUCCUCAGGGUCACCGAUCCCAUGCAGCCUGUGCACAAGCGAUUCACUAAUCUUCUGAUGACAAAGCGUCUGCAGACUCUCCAAAGUGUUGAUGUGGCCGUGGAGCGGGUCUACAAUGAACUGAAGGAUCUCGGGGAACUGGACAACACGUACAUUGUGUACACCUCCGAUCAUGGUUACCAUUUGGGUCAGUUUGGUCUCAUCAAGGGAAAGAGUUUUCCCUUUGAGUUCGAUGUAAGAGUGCCAUUCCUCAUCCGCGGACCAGGAAUUCAGGCCUCCAAGGUGGUCAAUGAAAUUGUUCUCAAUGUGGAUCUUGCACCAACUUUCCUGGACAUGGGUGGAGUACCCACUCCGCAGCACAUGGAUGGACGCAGCAUACUGCCCCUGCUGUUGAGCAGGAAUCGCGCUGUGCGGGACAACUGGCCGGAUAGCUUCCUGAUCGAGAGUUCCGGCAGGAGGGAGACCGCUGAUCAGAUAGCUGAAUCAAGAGCUCGUCUGCAAGCCGAUCGACGCAACAUGAAGCUGGUGAACAGUUCGCUGCUUGAGGAUUUCCUCGGCGGCGGAGGAGAGAGUACCACCACCAUUUCGAGCAGCAGCAGCAGCACUGCUGCCACUCUGAUGAGUUCAACGGUCCAGCAGCCAGACGAUGGGGAGGAGGAUGUGGACACUGACAACGAAGAGGAUGAUGGCGAAGGUGAUGGUGCCAUGGACAGUUCGGCAGCUGCUUUGGAGGAAGACGAUCUAGAGGACGCUGCCCUGGAGGAGGGUGAUGAGGACCUGAUCGACCAGGAAAACGACCUUCCUCUUGCUCCUUAUAUAACCAAAAUGAUGCGCCUUAACUCGGAGUGCUCCGAUCCUGCUCUACUUAAAAACUGCCUGCCUGGUCAGAAGUGGAAGUGCGUCAACGAGGAAGGUCGUUGGCGAAAGCACAAAUGCAAGUUCCACCUCCAAUUGGAGCACCAGUUGGCUGCAAUGCCACGUAAGCAGUACCAACGCAACUGCGCCUGUUUCACACCCGAUGGAGUGGUAUACACCAAGAUUCGAGCUCCAUCCGCUGGCUUGCAUCGCGUUAAGAAGCGCACUCACAUUGGCCAUGGCAGGCGGAGAAACAGGCGUGAGGUGUUCCACACCGAAUUACCCCACGAGAUGGAGGAAUUGCUGGAUCUCCACCAAGUCGUCGAUCAACUCACUGAGCACUCGCAUCGCAGCAAACGAGAUUUGAACGCCAGCAGCAACGAGACGAUUGCCCAGGUCAUCCAGCAGAUACAGAGCACUCUGGAGAUCCUGGAGCACAAGUUCAACGAGCACGAGUUGCACGGUUCCAACUCCAGCAUAAAUUCCUUUGAGAAGUAUCCAAAGUCAGGAGGUCAUCGCUGCUUUGUGGAUGCAACAUCGGGCAAGGUGAACUGCUCCAAUGUGAUAUACGAUGACGAGAAGACGUGGCGAACUUCUAGGACUCAAAUCGAUAUGCUGAUCAAGCUUCUGAAGGACAAGAUUGGCAAGCUGAAGGAGAUGAAGAAGCAACUGAGGGAGAGCAACAAGCAGGCAUUGGCUGCUGGUCGAAAGAACGAGAGCCGCCGACGGAACGAUGCCAAUCUGGUGGACAAUGGAGCCGGACCAGAGUUCAACAUGAGCUACUUCACAGAAAUAGGCAGCACCACAAAAACGCCAAUGGUCGGUGGACAGAAAGAAGUAUUCCGAGGAUAUGGAAGUGCCAAUGCGUUCGAUUCCCUGGAGCAGCCACAUCGGUUUGCUCCGCGAGCCGAGUGCUAUUGCGAACCUGAUGUGGGCGAGAGCCAUGCAGAUUCCAAAGAAAUGGCUCGCGAGGCGCGCAGGAAACUGAAGGAGGAGCGGCAGCGCAAGAAGGAGCGCAAACGUAUCAAGAAGGCUCGACUGGAGAAGGAGUGUCUGUCCGAGAAGAUGAACUGCUUCUCUCACGACAAUCAGCACUGGCGAACUGCUCCGUUCUGGAACGACAGUCCUUUCUGCUUCUGCAUGAAUGCCAACAAUAAUACCUACUCCUGCCUAAGGACCAUAAAUAGUACUCACAACUAUCUGUACUGCGAGUUUACAACGGGCCUAAUUACUUUUUACAACUUGACUAUUGACCCCUUUGAGACCACAAAUAGCGCAGCAGGUCUUACGCCCGGUGAGAGAUCCCACAUGCACGACGCUCUGGAUCAGUUGAAGGGUUGUCGAGGACGCAGCUGCAGCAUCCGGCGACACCAGUCCCACCUGGAGAACGGAUCCAGUGCGCCACUACUGCCCAUCAAUCAAGUGCACCGCAACAACAAACGAAAGCACUCUCCCCUUGCGGCAUCCGUGGCCAACUUUGCCUUUGUCGGCCCUCGACUGGACUUGGAUGGAUUGCCGCCCAUGAAGAGGCGAAAGCUAUCCAAGUAUAACCGAUUAACUGGUUCGCAGCAGUCGCACAUGAAACGGCGACCCUGGAAGCAGCAGCCCCUCCAGCAGUCGCCGAGGUUCUUGCCCACGCAUUCUGUGACUCCAGCGGAGGCCUAAAAAAUGAGGAUGUUUCUAGUGAUCACACCACACACACAUAUCCUAUGCGUACCUUUCUUGCUUGCCCGCUCCUGAACUUCGGUUUGCCCCAUUGGAUUUCUUCAUACAUAAAUAAGACUGUGUUUUUAAUCUAUCUUCUUAUGUUUAGUUUCGUUUUACCGAACUGUGUGUAGUCCAGUCCCUGCUACAUUUGGCUUGCAAUAUUUAUAGUUAGAGCUGAACGUUUGAAUUAGCUCUUAGGCCACCUAAUUUGUACAUAAAAUUAGUACCCAAAUGCUACGCGAACUAAAUAAAUUAUUUAGCGAAUUGGUUACAAGUUAAAUUAGUUGAGUAAACGUAGCAAUGAAUUCGAUUAAUUGUAGCAAAUCCAAAUGAAAUUGUAUUUAUUGGCCAAUGCUAAGGAAACAAUGUUAAUGUGUAUUAGAGAACUGCAAACAUAUUUAUGCCGACUUAGAUUACGUUAUAAUUGUUAAGUGCCCCACCCAAAUUCCCAAAGACGUUAUGUAUCAGCCCGCUUAAAAAACGAACAAAUAUAUUGUAUCUGCCACGUUAUUAAUGUCAAAAAUAACUCUUAACUAACUUUGAAUUGAAUAAAGUUGCAAAUAAUAAACUUUUAUCAAAAAAA